AUGCCCCAGUGAUUGCAGUCCAGGCAGCCUGCUGUCACACUCUCCCUCUCCACACUCACAUUGUCACAGCAAGAAUGCCUGGUGAGUCCCACACAAGGCUCCCUUCUCCUAUGCCUAGUCUGGAUUACUAAAGAGCACAUUUUAAGGAGCAUGCACCCAGAUUUAGGAGAUUUGUGGUUUGCAGCUGACGCCAAAGUAUAUAUGAUUUAGAAGCAGAUCGUUUACCUCAGGAAAUGCACUUCAACCAGAUAAAUAAAUAUUGAUUUAAUGGCUCUCCUGAAGAUGCACUGGACACCAGAGCAUGCCCAGCCCCUGACCCAGUGGCCAGAGCAGCACCUUGAUGUCUCUUCAACAACUUCAUCUCCAGCACACAAAUCUGAUUUGUACCAGAAUAGUCGACAAAGGUUAAACUAUGCUUGGGCAAAUGAUGAUAUAUCAGCACUGACUGCUUCUAACUUGUUAAAAAGAUAUGCAGAGAAAUACUCUGGUGUCUUGGACUCCCCAUAUGAGCGAGGCCCACUAAGUAGCUAUACAGAUGGAGCAUUUGGCCCUGUGAAUGGACAAAAGAGUGAAAUUGAACCUUGGCAGAUGCCUCAUGGGGCAGAAAGCUCAUACACUGUAAACCCUCUGCAUGAUAGUUUGGCUGGUUCCAAAUCAGGCAAUGGACAUAUCGCUUUGGGAAGCCCAACUAUAGCAUCUGGUAACCUUCCAGAUCCACUUUAUCCUGGUAGUACAUGUGGAGCAACCAAUCCAACAAGUGGGCUUGUGGCACCACAAGAUUAUACCUCAAGUUACAGUGGCACAUACCUUUCAUCUGGAUAUUGUAGUCAAUCCCCUGCAGCACUUCCACCAACCCACCCAUCAUCUCUGCAUAGCUCAGGACUUCAGCCAACACAUGCAUCACCAGCACUGGUCCAUGGAUACAGUUCUUCAGGCACAAUAUACAACUAUAGCUCAAGCAGCUACCCUUCUCAAACAGGAUAUGGUGGAAUGCAUCCUACACAUCCUUCUGGUUACCUGCCUUCAGGCAUUGCUGCACCUACUCCACUGCCACCACAUACAACGUCGUCAAGACCUCCUGUGGUCUCUGGGUACACAUACCAAAGUUCUAAUUUAGCACCAAUUUCUGUUACUCCUUUGAGCACAGAACCAUCUGGUUCCUUAAAAAGGAAAGCAUUUGAUAUGGCAACAGCAGAGGAAAGUGAAGGAAGAUAUAGAAAAUACAGCUAUGAGCAACCAAAGACUACCUCAGAGUCAUCAUUUCAGAUGACAGACGGUGUUCCGAAUGAAUGCAGAGGAAAUGGCUUUAGUAGGAAUGGAGAAACUCAACAGGUGCCCUUUAAGCCAGGCAAGCGCUCAACAGAGGAAGAUGUGGGAAAAUAUAGUGCUCAGCCAAUAAAAGCAAUGAUCUCACCUACUUACAAUGAAGAGUCAGCUCUGAGACCUCCAGAAGCAUUUGGUAAGUUCACGCCACCUGUUGUUAACGGUGAGCGGAGAAAUAGUGAUCAAGGACAUAUGUUUGCACAAAGAAUGCAUAUUUCAGGGAUGAAACCACCAGUAUUUCGUAGUUCAUCUGAGGAUCAGUUAAAAAAUGUUGAUCCUCUUAUUCUAGAAAUUGUCAAUAAUGAAAUUGUGGACUGUGGCCCUCCAGUGCAGUGGACUGAUAUUGCUGGCCAUGUAUCAGUAAAGGCUGCAAUUGAAGAAGAAUUGGUAUGGCCCAUUUUAAGACCUGGUGCUUACACUGGGGCCAGUAGACCUCCAAAAAGUAUUUUAUUAUUUGGUCCCUCGGGUUCAGGGAAAACUCUGUUAAGCAGGUGUAUUGCAACCCAGCUAGGGUCCACAUUGUUGAAGCUUAGCAGUGCCACACUCAUCUCUAAGUGGAAGAACAAAAGUGAAAAGAUUUUGCAGACUGUGUUUUUCAUGGCAAGUUGUCAUCAGCCAGCUGUGGUUUUCAUUAGUGAAAUUGAUCUUUUACUGUCUGCUCACAUCAGUGAGGAUAACUCCCACCUGAUUAACCUCAAGUCCCAACUGCUUUCCUUUUUGGAUAACAUAUCUACCUCAUCUGAUGACAGCAUCAUCUUCAUUGGUACAUCUCAAAGGCCGGAUGACAUUGAUGAAAGUGCUCACCACAGAUUUGCCAGGCGAUUUUACAUUGCGCCCCCAGAUAAUCUUGCCAGAAGGCAAAUCCUACACCACACUUUGGCCCAACAAAACUAUUGCCUUAGUGAAAGGGAAAUGGCCCUACUUGUCCAGCACACUGAGGGCUAUUCAGGAAAUGAGCUAAUUCAACUAUGCCAGCAAGCUGGAGCCAAUCAUCUUCAUGGGAUUUCAGGUCAACUACAACCAACAUCAUACAAAGACUUUGAGGGGGCAUUCUGUAAACAACGAGCUGGUACCUCUCAAAAACAGUUAGACUUGUAUGUGGAAUGGAAUAAAAUGUAUGGCUCAAGACACUAACUGUGGAAUGAAACUGAAUGUGUUGACACUACACUGGCCCUUUCUUUUUCUUUUCUUUUUUUCUUUUUUUUAAGGUGGGUGCGUGUGUUGAGUCUUCAGCUUGAGUGGAGACCUUUACAUUUUUUUUCCUUUCCCUUUAAUCCGAAAUGUGACAAUUAGAUGUCAAGUUACUGGCAUCUGUUUUGUAUGUAUAUGUAUAUACAUACAUAUAUGCAUACAUAUUUGUAUAGAUCUGUUUGCUCCAUUGAAUGUUUCACAGGAAACAAAACCUGUAUUUUUUAUUUGUUUCUUAUUAGUAUCACAUUUGGAAAUCUAAAAGAAAAAGUAGCUCUUCACUGUACUCAGGAUAUCAUCUAUUUAUUGCCAAAUGUUGGCAGUGCCACUUAAUAGUUUGGUAAGUGGGAAAUUCUGGUAUCCUGCAGGUGUAACAUGAUCUCAAGGAUGUGUUUCUUUUGGCUGUGAUCAGCUGCUUUAUUCAAUAUUUUUUAUUUUAAAACAAAAGAAAAUAACCCCUUCAUGGCACUUUGGGGAGCCCAGUUCAUUCUUGACAUAUAUUAGGUGACCAGAAACAACAAUGGGAUGCAUAUACAAUGCUUAAGAAGGGAUGGAAUGAAAACUACAUUGCUAGCUAAGAAUAGAAACCAUUUGUAUAUAUUUUUUUUUUUUACUUUUUUUAUGUGUUCAUGUUUAUUUCUAAACACUCAGGAAAAAAAUACUUCCAAAAUGAAUGUUUCUAAGACUCAACAUUUUCAACAAUUCAAUUGAAUUAGAGACCGUAUAAGUACUUGAAGUUAUUGCCAGGAUUGAAUGUAUUGCCAAUCUCUUUCACUCCAGCUAUCAGGAACAAUUUCUCUCAUAAAGGUUUUUAUCCAGUUCUUAUUUUUAUUGUUAUUAUUUUUAUUGUAUGACAUUUGUUACUGUAGUGUUGGAGUUAUGUGUUUAUAGCAUGGGAGGUUGGAACACAUAGUCAGUACCACUUUUUGGAUGAUAUAAUAUAGUAUUUACUGUGUUUGAGAGUUCUAUUAGAACUUCACAGGCGUUUUUUCUUAUGUGAAGAAUGUUUACAGCUGUGAUAUACGUUUCUUGGGUUACUGGAAACAGAGCAAUACCUCACUAUUGCCCAUACAAGAUACCUCACGAUUGCCUGCAACUACUUACUCUUCUUGCUCAGAUAAAGUUUUUGUCCCUUAUAAAUGGAAAUUCCUAUCUACUAGGAAUUUUUCUACAGUGAUAAGAAAGGUGCAGUUACAGCGCUAGAUGUUCUAGAAUACAUAAUAGCAGUGACCCAUUUCUUGGCUGACCUGCUAGUAAUAUUGGAGAUGUGAAUGCUGCACUUUGUUGGCCAUAGUUUAAAGAGGUUCUUCAUUUUGGAUAAGUAGUUGCUAACCUACCUAGUGGGGGUUCACUCAAAGUUCUGCAGUGCUUAUCUGGAGAGCCAGAGAUACGUGAAUCCUGGGCUUGUUCUGUAAUCAACUGCUCCAUGUCUGACUGGUUACUAACAAAGAUCCAAAAACAUAAAUUCAUAUAUAAGUAUCCAUGGUGGGAGGCAUUCCUUAGAAAACAGUCUUAGAGAGGCUGUUUACUUGGAAGGUGCCAAUGAUACAAACUCAUCCCCAUGCUAAGUUAGAGACCCUAUUGAGUCUCUAAACAAAUUAAACUGUCAGGUCCCUGCAAGGCAAGAGCUUUCAUACUCACCUCUCUAGUGGCCUCUAUGUCUUAGCUUACCUCAAUUUCAAGACUGCGUCCUCUGUCAGUGUUUUGGCAUUUGGCAAUCCUGGGAGUGUUGGAUGCCUGUGUCCAUGCUGAUUGCUGUGGCUCCUUCCUUGGACUCCUAUGACACUGAUGAGUGCUGCAAUAAUGUAUGGGACAAGCAUCCAACACUUCCGAGAGUGUCAAAUGCCAAAGAUCCUGAAGAAGUCUACAGCACUGGAAUGACGAGGAGGUAGGACAAAUGGGCCACAGAAAAGGAGUAAAACAACUCUACUUUUGCAGGAAUCUGAUGGUUUGAAUUAUUUAGAGGCCAUAGAGAGUCUCUUUAAGCAGUAAAGGGCUGCAGAAAACUGAAAAAAAUAUCCCUAGGGUAAGGUAGAUAAAAACUAUCUCCAUGUGAGGACCUCUCUAAUCAUACAAUGCUCCUUUGUAUUAAACCAUAAUUUUAACUUGAAGUUUUAUCUCAUUUAGAUAGAUGCAUCCUUUUAAUUUAUUUAUCAUAUGUUGCAAUGCAUUCAUUUACUAGAAAAAUGUUUAAAAGCAGCAUUUUUAUAUGACCAAAGAACUCUUUUAGUAUAUAUGAAGAAUGUAAAAUACCAAAGUGUUUAGUCCAAUAGAGAUAGAUUGCUGUUCACUCCUACACUGAAUGCCAAAUCACAGUUCUUCUAUACAACCAUAUUUUCAAUCCACAGUGUUCACUUGCCUGUAAGAAAUGUUUACUGAUCACUGGUGGUCUUGUUUGUCUGUCUGUGUAUGCUUCAUUUUCAUGUGAAAAUGUGUUCUCUUUAAACCAAAGUUUGUUAGUGAAUAAUAUUUUGAGACAUUGUAAUAGAAAAGUUCUAUUAGUUUUAUAGUACAUAUUUAAUUGUUUGCCUUUCACAUUUUGUCUGUAAUACAGUUUCAAGACAAAAAUGAUUAAAAUUAUACUUUGUUUUAAUAUUGA